CGCGCCCGCGCCGGCCACCGGUGUCGCACAGCCGACCCCGGCCCUCCAACUCCCGGCCGGGCCUUCGGGGAACCCGGGCGCCGGUGACUGCCAGGACCUCCACCAAGCAGUGGAGAUGCCCAGCGCAGGCGCGCUGACGUCGGCCGCUGACGCCGCUCCGCCAGGGAGCGACGGCUCGCAGCCGCUGGCCGGCAAAGGGGAGGCGCCGAAGCUGUGCCGCGUCGGGAUCGUGAUCAAGAGUCUGAAGAACUCCGCGGUGUUCGAGGAGACGGUGCGUCAGGUGGAGGAGGAGGCCCGCCGCCGGCAGGCCGAGCGGGCCCAGCGGUACGAAGACGGCGAGCUGACCGACUCCAGCAGCGGUUCGCCCUCCUCGCCGACUCCCUGUCGGCCUGCUGUAGAAGGUGAGGUCAAAAGCGACGGAGAGAUUGCCAGCGAAGGAGAGGCAACUGGCAGUGGAAUCGAAGAACCAAGGAUUAAAGGUGUCGGGCGCAAGGCAAAGAAGUCACACAAGAAAAGUCAUGAUACGUCCAGUCACCGAAAAAGGCGACAUCACAGUCGAGCCAGGGACGGCAGCAGAUCUUCCAGUCGGCGGACUUUCAGCGGCGGCGGUGACCGGCCAGGCUCGCGGCGGGACAGGUCAAGCUCUCCGCGGCACGACUGCGGCUCCCGCACCGGGUCCCGGCGCCGUGCUGGUGCGCGCGCCAGGCGCAGCCGCCGGUCCCGCUCCCGCUCCCGCUCCCGCGACCGGACGCCGGACCGCGCCGACCUGCGCGAGCGCAUCGACAAGCGCCGACUGCUGGAGGUGGCGCGCCAGAACGCGCUGCGUCUGGGCGAGGAGGGCCGACUGCCGGCCGGUCUGGAGUCGGCCGCUGUCGACGCGCGCCGCGAGACCACGCGUGACCUGCACCAGCUCACCGAGAUGUGCCGUCGGCUGCGGGAGGAGGCCGUGCCGAGAGGCGCGCGACCCGGCUCCGACGACGAGGCGGCCUUCUACCACCCGUUCGCUGUCCGCGAGCGGCCCUCCCACAUCGUUAUGAAGAUCCGGAACGCGCCGCAGCUGCCGGUAAAAUCACACGCGGAGAGGCAGGCGCAAGUGAUGAAACUCAACUCGCAGUUCCCCGUGUCCAGCGGGGAACAGCACAGGACCAAGGAGCUGGAGUGGGUGCCGGUGGUGCCGGCCGCCGCCGCUGCGCCAGAGAAGGCCACCCAGCCGGCCGCCGUCGUCCCAUCGACGACGGAGCGGGAAGAGGCGCCGGCUCCCGAGCCACCGCCGGUCGCCGCCACACCGCCGGUUAGCACCGACAGCGUGUUCCCCGACCCCCGGCCGGCGGUGAGUACUGGACCUGACGCGAUCGUGAGCCCGAGCUGGACCUGGAACGCGAUCGUGAGCCGCCGUCUGACGGCGUUGCGCCAGCUGCAGCAGGAUCCGCAUAACGCCGAGGCCCAGCACCUGAUAACCAGCGCCCAGCAGGACAUGCAGUCGUGGGCCACGUCUCGUCACCAGCCAGGCCAGUUCAAUGGCUCGACCGGGGCGCGCGUGCUCUCGGUGGCAGAGCUGAGCGCCGGCCAACAGGCCUGGGCCAAAAAGAACCAGCUGAAGUCGUCGCUGCCGGUGCGCGGCGGCAUGGGCGAAAUGCUGCUCAAGAAGAUGGGAUGGGAGCCGGGUCAGGGCCUCGGCAAGAACAAGGACGGCUCGCUGACGCCGCUCCUGCUGGACGUUAAGAUGGAUAAGAAGGGGCUGGUGUCGGAGGAUGAGCGACCCGGCAGUCGCCGACAGCCGCAGGUCACGCUCACAAACGUCAAGGAUCUGACAGGCAAGCACCCGAUCUCGGCGCUGAUGGAGCUGUGCACCAAGCGGAGGUGGGGGCCACCCAACUUUGAGCUCUCUUUUGAUAGCGGACCGUCGCACCAGAAACAUUUCCUCUACAAGGUGACGGUGAACGACGUGACGUACCAGCCGAGCGCAGACAGCCCCAACAAGAAGCUGGCCAAGGCGAGCGCGGCGGCGGCGUGCCUGCAGGCGCUGGGCCUGCUGCCGCGCCAGCCGUGACUGACGACCGGCCGCGCCUGGCCCCGGCGGCGAGGCGCGGUAAGGCUUGACGGUCGGCGCCCGUGCCAUGGUCACAGACGGACGGGAGUGGACGCCGGACGCUCCACGUGUCGUAUGGUGUUAUGCAAUUUAAUUUGUUGAGUCAUAUCGGUUGUACCAGGGGGCGUCACCGGACGUCGCGCCACUGCCUUAGUUCGCGUCUCUGUAGCCGCGGCCAUCUGCCGCCUGCUGGUUUUGCAGGCGUUAGAUCGGUUAUUGACGUCGACCCCCAUGGUUUUUCUGACUCCGUGUGGCGGAUGCUACCCACGCACGCCAGAAUAGUCAGCUGAGGCUGCUGGUGCACUGUUACAAGCGGCAGGAACUUGCAUUGUCUGGCAGGUCGUGUGCCGAAUACAUGCAGAAAAUCGCU